GACUUUUAAACAAGUAAACUCACCAUGCAACAUACCAUACCUGUAACAGAUUUUCACUCCUCCUUCCACACAACACUUAAAUAGUGGUCCAGAGUAAAGAGGCGUCACAUAUUCACCUGGGAAUCUGAGGAUAUUGGACACAGGCCACCUGCCAAUCAUACCUGGGAAUAAAACUACCUCUGUUCAAGAACUCAUCUUUUGCAUUAAGAAGAAUAAAGUCUACAGGCAUGGAUAAACGACUGCUCCUCAAUUUUUUGUUGGUGACACUGUCCUUGGAAUUUAUGACCACCUAUGCUCAGAGCAAUACAACCACAAUAGCACCAGCUAACAAUGCAACCACAGUAGCAUCAGCUAGUAAUGCAACAACCGUGGCACCAGCUAACAAUGCAACCACCGUGGCACCAGCUAACAAUGCAACCACAGUAGCAUCAGCUAGUAAUGCAACAACCGUGGCACCAGCUAACAAUGCAACAACCGUGGCACCAGCCAGCAAUGCAACCACCGUGGCACCAGCUAAUAAUGCAACCACCGUGGCACCAGCUAAUAAUGCAACCACCGUAGCACCAACCACACUCCCGGCAGUGGCCAGUAUUUCUCGACAAGAAUGUGGCACCUCAAAGCUCUGUGCAGCUGAACCCUCAAAGUGCGAUCCCGCUUCCGGAACCUGCUAUUUCCUUUCUGCCAAGCAACAAAGUGGCCAAACGUACAACUUUGAGCUCUCAGGACAGACAGACGGCUACAUUGCUGCUGGUCUGUCAACUACUGCAUCUCAGUCUGCCAGUUACAGAGCCUACAUCUGUGCUAACAACAACGGUGCUGUCCGUUUCUUCACUGGCUUCAUCAAUAAUCAGGUUCUAAAUGUGACACAGACACUAAACACAAGCAAUGUGAAGGGAUCAGUCACCUCUGGAAAAAUCCAGUGUACAUUUUCAGCUGAUCUACCUGACACAACGACACGAGCAGCAGGCUAUGCCAUGUCUAUUACAACUGGUUCUUACAAUCCCACUUCCGGGGAACUGGGAAACGCAAACUUCAGAAUCCUAACACCUCUUGUGAACCUCUCUGACCCUACCACCAACGUCACCAAUUUGCUAGGAAACAACAGCACUUCCUCUGCCUAUCCAGUCACACACACACAGUCAUUUUUGCCAGUUCUGCUGGUCACCGUGUCCAUGCUGGCUUUCACGGCAGUAUGAAGCAGCUUUUCUCCACCAAGUUCAUUUUAUGCUGAUUCAAUGAUUUGUUUUUGUUUUUUAAGAAGAACAACUCUUCAAGCCUCUGAUCCGCUGCUUGUUGACAAGUUUGUGAUUCUGAAUCAAAAAAGAAAUGAUGUCACCUGCUUCUUCUUUAGUUCUAUAAAACUAUUUACCCACAGGACUACUGGAAUUCUGCUCUGAGAUGUAAGAGCAAUGUAAAACUUUUCAACAAAUGAGGAAAAAACUGAUUUUUGUCAAGAGUCAAAAAUAUGUCAUCAUCAACAGCAUUUGGGUUUCAAGAUCUGGUUACUUUAGAAGCCCAUUUUACUGGUGCAUGUUGAAAUCUUCAAGUCUUAUUUCUUUUGACACUACAUUGUUCUUUGUUGUAAUAAUGGUGUUAAUUAUUUAGCACUUCCUAAAUUAUGAAGUCUUUAAUGGCUGAUGUGAAUGGACAUGUUAAUACAUUUAACACGUUAAAUGUGGUAAUACAUGUUGCAAAUUGAAUAUUUUAAUAUAUAUUUUUAAUAAAAUCCUUUGUCAAUUUAAUUAUUCAAAUUGAAAUAAAUACAUCUUCCUGAAGGAA